AAAGAGGAAGAACUGCUGGAGGAGGUGUGGCCCAUUCCUUCACACUCCGUUUAGAUGUACGAUUUCAACCUAAAAUUGAAGAAUUGGAAUCGUACCAACCGAAUUCCACGCAUUUGGACGUCCACCGAAUCAUCGCUCGGAAACCUCGCCAAAUUCUCUUUUUUCACUAGUCCAGGAGCUCCCCGCGGGACGGAGACGAGCAGCUGCGAGGCGGCAGCGGAGAAAUCUUGGGCGGACCGUGGCGGCGACGACGGCGGCGAGCAGGUCAAUUCCAGUUUGUUGUAGCAGAAUCCGCAGGAAUCAAUUCAAGAAAAGAUUUCUCUUCCCAGGAUCUUCCCUUGAAGCACUAGGCGAUGCCGCCAAGGAAGCGGGGGAAAAGGGGGGCUACCACCGCCACCAAGCAGCAGCAAACGCCACCGCCCGAGCCGCCUGGCCCUGACGCUCCCGUGCAGGAGAAGCUGCGGUGGCUUGCUGACCAAGAGAUUGAACGUCGGAAAGCUGCCAUCAGAGCUAUUCAAGCAGCAGAGGUUGAGGGUGUACUUUCUCGGAUACGCUUAGCGCGAACCUACGUUUCCAAGGAGCAAGAAGAAACAUGUGCCUUGCAAUAUUUUCAGGAGAACUUGCCCAACGUGUCAGUUGUCCCGAAUGAAAAACAGGACGAGCUUGAGUUGAAGUGGAAUGAGUGGGAUAAUCACAUAUAUGGAGACCAGAGGGAUGACAAGGUUUCACGAGCUUCGAUCACGUCAUUGGCAACUGCUGCUGGUUUUCAUUUCUCGGGAGAUUCAGUGCAGAAGAACUUCAUUGAGAGCACCUUUGAUUUUAACAACUUUACUUGGAGUGAGCUACCCGAAGGUCAGAUGACAGGGGCAGGGGAUUCUCUACAGAUACCCGGGGCUACGAGUAGCCGACUCUCUUUUGGCAUGACACCGAAAACUGUAAGAGUACCCAAGAAUGGCGAGAUGCUCUUAUCUGUGCAUGGGUCACCUCUUGGAGUGUACAAAGAAGAAAGUCUGGCAGCCAUUACUGAAUCUGGAAAUGGAAGUGAAGAGCUGCCUCGUGAUGCCACUGGCCCUCUGUAGUAGCAGUAGAGUAAGCUGUGGGAUACUAAUCAGAACUUCAACCACUAAUUCAGGGUAUUCGUAGAGUCUCAACCCUCAGUGCCUGACGAGGUUCGGUGUGUUUAGGUUAUCCUUUUGUGUAGUUUGAUGAAGCAUGUUGUAGGGCGCCAGUUUUAGUCAGCUGAAACCGUUUGUCAGGUGCUUUAGCACAGUGUUGUCCUUUUGUGUAGUUUGAUGAAGCAUGUUGUCUGUUGUUAACUUCGCCACCAGGAAGCUGGUGGGAUUAGCUGAAUCUUUGGUGCGGCAUUCGUGAUUCACCCAGUUAUUAAGACUUCUGUAACGAGAUGAGAUGAGACAUGGUGCACUGGACUACUGGCCAUGCUGUAAACGGAACUGCUAUUUGACAAGAUCUUAUCAUAUCUUUCUGAUUUGCAAGUUGCAAAGCAUCUUA